CCCGCGCUGUUCUCCAGACAGGGGUUGCCUGGAGGUUUAAAAGCAAGACUCGUUCAUUGCUUAACAUUCAUCACAUCAACUACCUUCUACCAAACAACCAUGUCCGAAUCAGCAGCCGUCUCCCAGUCCGCGAACAUGUCCGACCUUCUCCCCACGAACUUCGUCGGGACCACGAUGUGCGCAGCGCAGAACGAUGAUGGGAAAUUCCGCGUCUACUUUCAAAACAAGGACUAUCAGAUCUAUGAGAUGUCGUUGAACGACCCAAAGAGCACGACCUAUACGCUGCUCAAACUCACCAAUAGCAACAUGCCUGCUGCCCGUAUCAACACGCCCAUCGCAGCUGUGGCGUGUAAGGACUUGCAAGAAAUCCGCGUGUUCUACAUCACUGUGAACAGUCGUGUGCAGGAGCUAUGCCACACCCAGCGCCAUGGUUGGCAGAAAGGCGCGACCAUUGGCACUGCGGUCGAGAACAGCACUUGCUUGUAUGCGCAAGGCCGAUUCGCCCGCAAUGAGGCCAUGCUCAGGGUCGGGUUUCAGUCUGCGACUGCUCCCCAGACUAUCACAGAGGCUUACACUGUGAAAGAUGAGUGGAAGACUCGUGUACUCUAA